GAGAAGGAAGAGACCAUGGCCGACGACCAAGACCUUUCAGAGGUGGAGAUGAGCCCGGUGGGCUCCGAAGACCACCACUGCCUCUCGCCGGGACCCUCUAUGGCAUCAGACAACUCUCCUCACCUCGCCGGCUCCGGGAACGGAGAGAUGGGCAAGGUCAAGAAGGAACAGCAAGACUCGGAGGCGGAUGACGACAAGUUCCCCGUGUGCAUCCGCGAGGCGGUCAGCCAGGUGCUGAGCGGCUAUGACUGGACCCUGGUACCCAUGCCCGUUCGGGUCAAUGGAAGUAACAAGAGCAAACCCCACGUCAAGCGGCCCAUGAACGCCUUCAUGGUAUGGGCACAGGCUGCCCGGAGGAAAUUGGCUGACCAGUACCCGCACCUCCACAACGCCGAGCUCAGUAAGACCUUGGGGAAGCUCUGGAGGCUGCUGAACGAAAGCGACAAGCGCCCCUUUAUCGAAGAGGCGGAGCGGCUGAGGAUGCAGCACAAGAAAGACCACCCCGACUACAAGUACCAGCCCCGCCGGCGGAAAAACGGCAAGGCCGCGCAGGGCGAGGGCGAAGGCCAGGUGGAGGCGGAGGCUGGCGGGGCUGCCGCUAUCCAGGCCCACUACAAGAACGCCCACCUGGACCACAGGCAUCCCGGGGAAGGGUCGCCCAUGUCCGACGGGCACCCAGAACACUCCUCAGGUCAGAGCCACGGCCCCCCCACGCCUCCCACCACCCCUAAGACCGAGCUGCAGGCAGGCAAAGCCGACUCCAAACGGGAAGGGCGCUCCCUGGGGGAAGGGGGAAAGCCCCAUAUCGACUUUGGCAACGUGGACAUCGGGGAGAUCAGCCACGAGGUGAUGUCCAACAUGGAGACCUUUGACGUCAACGAGUUUGACCAGUACCUGCCGCCCAACGGACACGCUGGCCACCCAGGCCAUGUCGGGGGCUACGCGGCAGCCGCGGCGGCUGGCUACGGCCUCGGGAGCGCCCUGGCUGCGGCCAGCGGACACUCGGCCUGGAUCUCCAAGCAGCACGGGGUCUCCUUGUCCACCGCCACAUCACCGGUGGUGGACUCCAAGGCCCAGGUGAAAACGGAGGGGUCCGCCCCCGGAGGUCAUUACACUGACCAGCCCUCCACCUCCCAGAUAGCUUACACAUCCCUGAGUCUGCCCCACUACGGUUCGGCCUUCCCCUCCAUCUCCAGGCCCCAGUUUGACUACCCUGACCACCAGCCCUCAGGACCCUACUACAGCCACUCCAGCCAAGCCUCUGGUCUCUAUUCUGCCUUCUCCUACAUGGGACCUUCCCAACGUCCCCUUUACACCGCCAUCUCUGACCCUGCACCCUCCGUGCCACAGUCCCAUAGCCCCACACAUUGGGAACAGCCCGUCUAUACGACUCUCUCCAGACCGUAG